AAAGGGACUGGGUUCUUCCUCAAUGUCACUCUAAUCUAGUUCGCUGUUUGGAUAGUGGGAAACUGAAGGAAAGUGAGGAAAAGUGGGUCUAAGAAUUUGAAUUUGGAGUAACUACUCUGUGAAAUGGAAGAUCCAUCGUUUUUCAAUCGGAUGAUCAGUCAUCUUCGCACAACUUGCAAGUACUAUACUGGCUAUCCAAAGGAUCUUGGACCAUCAAGGGUUAUUCAUUUUACCUCUGAACGUGAGUUUGUCAACCUUCUUCACGAAGGUUUUCCCGUGGUUGUUGCGUUUACUAUCAGGGGGAAUUACACUCGACAUCUUGACAAAGUAAUAGAAGAAGCUGCUGCUGAAUUUUAUCCACAUGUUAAAUUUAUGCGAGUUGAAUGUCCAAAAUAUCCUGGGUUUUGUAUAACUCGGCAGAAAAAUGAGUAUCCAUUCAUUGAAAUAUUUCAUAGCCCAACACAAGCAGCUAACCAGGGAAGGGUAGCUGAUCCAAACAUUAGUAGAUACAAUGUGAAGGUUUUGCCUUUCAACUACGACGUUAGUGCUUAUGGAUUUAGAGAAUUCUUCAAGCGACAUGGUAUACAGUCAUCAGAUUUGAAGUAAGGAUCCUGUUUUAUCAAUCUGUAUAUCAUCAUUCAUCACAAGUUCACAACUUAAGGCCGAUAGAUGGAGAGUUAUAUAUAUGUACCUGUAUAAUGGUUGCUCGAACCUAUAAUUUGGUUUAAGUUCUCGUCAGGACCAUUUCCAGGUUAAGGUUCUCCAACUUCUAGAGUAGAAUC